AUGGGUGCUUCGCGACUCCGCGGAGAAGCGAGUCUGCACUCCUACCCCUCCCUCCCUCACCAGCGGACGCCUGCAGCCAGAGGGGACCCAAGCUGCGCGGAUCCCGUUUAUCAGCCCCAUCUCCCAUUACAUAAGGCAGCGCCUAUCUCCGGGGCAUCGCUGCGACCGCGGGCCUUCUCCCACGCGCGGGGGCGCCCCUGCCGCCGCUCCCCGCUUGGUUGUGCUGUUC